CGUACGGGGUAAUGUAUUGCAUCAUUUCCGAGUUACGAACGUAUGUGCUUUUCACUUGUUUUCAGUGGGUUAUUUUAAACAUUUAAUUUGUUUACAUUCUAGUUAAUUGCUUAGUCUCUUUCCCCCAGCUAAACUAUAAAUAUUAAUCACUUAAUUAAGCACACGUGUCCCUCCGUUUUAAACACGUUAGCUGUAGCGGUUAGCACUUAGCACGGCUUCACUGUCAUGAUGUUUAGUUUACUCCUUGGCCUCCUUUGAAGACAACAAUACUUGGAAUGAAUGUAGUUUAUUUGCCACUAUGAAUGAUUAGUGGCCUCGAAGGAAAACACUUUAGCUUAGCCAUUUUGCCUAGCGCGCUAGGCAGCUACACUUCCUGUCCUGGAUCUAACAUGUUCCGUGUGGGAACUCGCAAGGAAAGGCUGAGCAAUGCGUGAGAAUCAAAAUAAAGUUAUCUUAGAGGGGACAGUCUCGGUUAAAACUAAAUGUAAAAUUGAGUUUAUAGUCACCGAGCACUUGAGAAUCGCUGGGUGCUUAUAAUCGCCGGCGGCAGUAGAGAGUACAGAGAUUGGGCAAAGUCCACUUGUCACUAAAUACUGCAACAUUUUUAAAAGUGGCGUGUAGGUGCUUUUAUUUACUAAUAUUAUUUAAAAUAUGCUUGAAACUUAAUUUACAGUUUCCGUCACUGGGGGAGCACCUUUGAAUGAAUUUGGCGAGACGAGCGUAGUUCGUCUGGUAGUUGCACUCGGAAGUAACCGUGAGGGACUAAUCUUGCUUUUCAUACACACUCGCGCCUGCUAAAUCGAGUCACAUAAUUUUAAAAAUUAAUAACACUAGUGCUCAAAAUAUGGUAUGUCUUGUCAUAAUCGCUUCAUAAAUAUUCAGAGUACUGUAUUUAAAUUUAUGAAAUAAAGAUGAAUGUAGUUCGUCUUUAGUUUCGUCGCCUUAAAGUUAAAACGGAAGUUAAUGUGAAGGAGUCAUCUUUGGCUGGAAAGCUCGCUUGUCAAGAAGCGUCGUGGCUUCGCGCAUGCUCCGUGUCGUGUUGUAAAAGUGACAUGCGCAGUGAGGCCGUUUGUCGUGGUGGCGUUUUUAAUAAACAGCGCCUCUCGGUGGGCAAAUCACAUAAAAAUAGAGAAAUAAGCUUACAUUAAGGCCACCUCGGAGCUAAAUGUGGUGCUAAUUCGACCGAGGCGGCUACUAUGUGCUUGUAGCUAAAUGCUUUUACAUUGGACUGAAGGAUUGACCGUGUUAUAGUGACAGCUGGAGCCGAAUAAGCGACGAUGACGACUAAGGUGGUGCCGUCCUCUUCUCCGGCAUCGAGCAGCCGCCCAGUUGGACUCUCCAAAGGUCCGAGCACGCAGAGGAUCCACAAGCUAGUGGCGGUGCCCGGGUGCAAACCGAACAUGCUCAACGAUCUGCUCCUCCUACGGCCCGGAAAUGGACACGAUUCACAAGCAGAGAACACAAGCAAUAGCAAGCAUGUGGUGUUUUUCCACGGGGACAUUCAGAACUUCCAGGAGGAAAUGUCCUCGGAGCCGGAGUGCGCCCAGUGGCUGCCGUGGAGUCUGGAGCAGGUGGGCGUCACGCUGGGCCGCCGCUUCCCUGGGCACCACGUGUGGGUGGUGCGCGCCUCCCGCAUGUACCUGCACAAGUUCAGCAGCUACCGCAACUUUGUGGAGAGCAACAUGUUCGGCGCCCCGGAACACGCCCCGUACUCGCCCAAUGGUGGAGCACUUCGCCACCUCAGAUCUCUGCUGAUCCACGGGAUGGAGCGAGCCGGCCUGCCAAACACCAUCCGGCCUGCGGGAGGUGGCACCGGGACCCCCGCCAGGUUCUCCCUGACUCUGGUGGGUUUCAGUAAAGGCUGCGUGGUCCUCAACCAGGUGGUGUACGAGCUGGCCGGUGCCCUGGCGGACCCGCACCUGUCGGACUUUGCCGGAAGCCUUUCGGACAUGUUCUGGUUGGAUGGCGGCCACCCAGGGGGGAGCGAGACCUGGGUGACGGACAGAAGGCUGCUGGGCCAACUGGCCACCAGCGGGAUCGGGGUCCACGCCCACGUGACGCCCUACGAGGUCCGAGACCCCAUGCGGGCCUGGGUGGGGCGAGAGCACGCUUCUUUCGUGAAGACCCUGGAGGAGUUUGGGGCACGUCUGUAUGACAAACUCCAUUUUGAGGACGAAUCACCGUCCAUAGAAAACCACUUUAGGGUCAUUCAGGAAUUCUGAGCCCGUUUUAAUCUUUCUACUGAAUCAAUACGUCGGGAUCUUUUAAUUUAUAUUAAUGGAUCUUAGUGAAUAAGUCUGGUUCUCUGUGUGUACACGUCUAGGUACUAGGGUAUACAUCUGGUGGAACGAUAGAUGGGUGACGCUAAAUUGCCUCAAAGUAUGAACAUUUUGAGGAUUCAGCAUGGAAAAAGGGGUUGCAAGGGUAAGCUUUAAUUCCUUUGGUUUUGUUGGAAAUAGCGCCUUCCCACAGUGGAAAGUUGUUUUUCCAGGCAACUUACUUAGAAUGACGCAUUUUGACCCAUUUUAAAAAAAUAAUAAAUAAAAAAAAUGUUCCCUGUGUUUUCAUUUAAAUUAUAGGCUGUGUGCGCACAAGACUUUCUCCAUUUAAACUUACAUUCGUGAUCAGCUAUGUUUACAGGCUUUGAAACCACACUGGUUGACUUGUCUUAUUCCUUCAGUUCAGAUUGUACGACUGAUUAUGAGGUCAACAGUAGGCUGAAUAGACUGAAAGCAUGUUAUUCUUGUCUUCUUUAGUUCUAGUCUGGUGGUGUGUUCAUUUGAAAGGAGCUAUGAAUGUGUACUCAUUGGAAUUCCAUGUCAUAUUUCCCACUAUCGUGCACUAUGACCAUGGCGGUCAUGUAGCAAAGCUAAUCAUUCCAUUUUAUGGCCAUGUUCAAAGAUCUUAGAGGAAUGUGAAAAUUAAAAUACUCUGUUGCGGGUCAAAUGGACCCUUUCAAGAAGAAAUAUUGAAGAAAAUGUAAAGAAAUAAAGAUAAUUGCAUUAAACUUCUGAUGGCCUUGUUUUCUUUUUAUUUAUUUUUUAUGUUUA